UUCUAUCUCUUCCGAUUCUACUGGUUGUCUUUUUGUUUGAAUCCUGAAGAAUUUCUUCAGUUCCUUUUGGUUUUUAAUUUAUUAUUUAUAGUUCCAAGAAAUCUCAACAGCGACGAUGACCAUGAAUCUGGUGGAAUCCGUUGGCGUUAGGGUUCCUCCUAGUGCACCGGCAUCGUUUUUCUCCUCUAAAGGUACGUGUAAACGCGGCGGCAGCGUCCGAUCUGGUUUCUGCAAACGAGAUUUCUCACAGAACAACGCGAAUUUCGGACGGAGCGCGGUUCCGUUGCGGUUCAUGUACUUUCGUAAUGAUUCAUGGGUUAAUUUCUCGGCCGAUGUAGUAGAAACGCUCCGAGCCGGUUUCUUGGAGCGGAAACCGAUUAUCGAGACGUCGAUUGACGGUUCGAAGUAUAUAUUUGAUUUCAAGAGGAUGCUGCAGAUCGAGUACUCGACAGGUAAUUGCCGGUCAAUUUCUUGGAUAGACGAAAGUGGCAAGUGUUUUUUCCCUAGCGAUUUUUUUAGCGAAGAAGAAUUUAUUGAAUCAGAAUGUAGUGAGUGGGAUGAUUAUACUAGCUGUAAUUAUAAAAAUAAGAAUUGUAAUUGCAAUCCUAAGAUUGAGAUUGAAGUUAAGAUUGAUCGACCUUCAUCGAAGAGAAAGAGGGAGGAGGAGCCUGAAGUGAGUUCCUCUUACAAAGCCGCGGGGAAUGAUGCGGUCAAAUGUCAGCGUUUGGAGGAGGGAGGAGAUGCUAAAUGGCCUAAUACGAUACGGUUAAAUGAAACAGAUAUGACGUCUAUGCUCGUGAAGGAUAAUUUCUUGAAAGGAAUUGCGAAAGUUGAUACUGGAGCUUUAGUUACUUCAAUUUUUCAAUGUAAGCGAGAAACGCAUUUGGACAAAGCUCGUCACGAAGUUUUUCAAAAGCAGAAUGAGUUUACUAAGGCUGCCAGGGGCACUUCAAAUAUGGUUUAUGCAUGGUUUGGGGCUUCCGCCAAGCGUGUGGAGAGUGUUCUGGCCCAUGGGUUUGGCUCACCUACUAAGCUUUCCGCGGCUGAUGCUUAUGGGAUUGGCAUUUAUUUAUCUCCCGUAGGCUUGCCACACUUGAGUGCAAAGCUUGCUGAUGUUGAUGGAAAUGAUCUAAAACAUCUUAUUCUGUGCCGGGUGAUAUUGGGAAAUGUCGAAAAAGUAGAAGCCGGAUCAGAACAGCAUCGCCCAUCUAGUGUAUAUUUUGACACUGGUUCUGAUGAUCCCAAGAACCCGAAGUGGUAUGUGGUAUGGUCAAAUAUUGCAAACAUGAAUAUUCUUCCCGAGUCUGUUGUGAGUUUCAGACCUGGUAACAUGCAAGGUCAAGCUCCACUGAGGGCAGUUGCUGGUGUCAAGUAUUCCCUUGAAAAAUUAUUUUCGAAGAUUAAGAGCUCUCUACCUCCUGGCAAAGUCCAAGAAAUAUUGAUGAUAUACAGCACAUAUAGGGCUGGAAUGAUGGCCAAGGAUGCUUUUAUAAAGAAAUUACGGCAGGUUGCUGGGGAUGAGGUCCUGAGAUCCGCUAUUCAGGAUAUCAAUGCUUCUGGAUGAUUUGGAAGAGUUGGAAUUGUUUGGGUUACCUAUUUAUUUGCUUAUGCUGUUUGAGAGAGGGGAAAUACCAAAUGUAAUUGUUACCUCACAACUCUUAGGAAAAGCAAAUGCCUAGACCACUAAAUCGACAGAAGUCGUUCUUAGUUUUUUAUUGAUCGGGGGAUUUAGGAUUUCUCUUUGUUUUAAACCACAGAAUGUGUAGCAAUCAUGAUUUAAGUUAUUAUAAAGUUCACAAUUUCUCUCUUAA